GUGCGGAGAGACGAUCUCCAUCGGGUCGGAUUUAAGUAUUCUGAGGGGACUUCCGUGGGCCGAAUACGGAACUAAAGUUUCGGAAGGGUUUAUCUCCGCGCCAUGAAGAAGCCCUCCUCGAUUCGUGUCUCUUUGUUAUAUAGAAACACGAUUGACACCUCCAUCACAUGCCGAGUACUUUAUCAGCAUGUAUCCGAAUAUUCCUUGAAGACCUUUCACUUUCAGUACUUACUUCAGCCGUAUUCCAUCUCAUCAACGAGGUGGGAGUGAGCAUAGCGCUCCGCAAUCCAACAGCUACACAAUGGACACCACCCGCCACGAGCUCGAGUUAGGGGAUGAUCUUGAGCAGCAUAUGACCGAUCUGCGGCCAGCUUCGACAACAGGAAAAGUCAUCGCAGAGAUGUCACUAUUCAAGGAGAUUUUGUUUGUUGGAGUUGUCGCACUUGCCCAGCUCUUGACUCAAGCGUGUUUGGCUCAAGCUCUGUCUCCGCUUCAUGAUAUUGGCGACUCCUUUGGUGUCAGUAAGCCUGGAGAGCUAUCGUGGUUUUGUGCUUCCUACUCGCUCACUGUCGGCACUUUUAUCCUUCCCGCCGGGCGACUCGGCGAUAUUUUUGGCUCCAGAAAGGUCUUUCUGCUUGGGUACAUUUGGUUCACAAUCUGGACUUUGAUCGCCGGCUUUGCGGUCUACUCCAAUGUCAUUCUCUUCCAUUUCAGUCGUGCAUUCCAGGGCAUCGGACCCGCCCUGAUUCUUCCUAAUGGACUGGCCUUGCUUGGACGUGCCUACAAACCUGGAAUGAGGAAAAAUAUGGCGUUUUCGAUUUUUGGUGCGGUGGCGCCCACCGGCUUCCUUCUAGGCGCAACCUUUGCCGGCAUUUUCACUGAACUGGUUUGGUGGCCGUGGAACUUCUGGGUUGGGGGUAUGGUCAUGAUUCUCGCGACUAUAGUGAGUUUCUAUGCUAUUCCGACGGGUCUGGAUAAGGGUGCCUUGACCUCGUUUCGAUGGGAAGACUUGUCGAGGCUGGAUCCAGCUGGAAUCACUACUGGUGUCCUCGGUUUAGUACUUUUCAACAUCGCCUGGAACCAAGGUCCAAACGUUGGCUGGAACGUUCCCUAUACAUACGUUCUGCUUAUUUUGGGCGUUCUAUUCUUUGCAAUUUUUAUCUUUAUUGAAUUACGAUGGUCAGAGUACCCGAUCCUACCAAUCCGAGAGUUCAAGAGAGAUAUAUACUUUGUUUUUGCGUGUAUGGCGCUUGGAUGGUCCAGCUUUGGUAUCUGGGUUUUCUACUGGUGGCAAAUAUCAACGCAACUUCGUGGACACAGCAUACUUCUCACGGUCGCUCAGCAAACACCGGCUGGUAUUUCCGGAACCAUUGCUGCGAUCGGGACAGGAUUUUUGCUCUCCAGGAUACCAGCGCAGUAUAUUAUCUUGGCUUCUAUGCUUGCAUUUUGUGUCGGAAAUAUCAUCUUUGCAACUCUGCCUGUGAAUCAGAUAUAUUGGGCGCAGACUUUUGUCGGAAUCGUGAUCAUCCCUUUUGGAAUGGAUAUGUCGUUCCCAUCUGGAACUAUCAUUUCCAGUAAUUCAAUGCGACGGGAACACCAGGGAGUGGCUGGCUCAGUUAUCAACACUGUCGUCAACUAUGCAGUUUCUAUCGGAUUGGGAAUCGCGGGUACAGCUGAGGCUCAAGUGAACAAAGAUGGAGUUCAUCUGUUGGAAGGAUAUCGCAGUGCGUUCUAUGUGGCUAUUGGCUUGAGUGGUAUGGGGUCGAUAGUAGCCCUUGUAUAUUGUAUUAUGAUAAAGUUAGAUGGCAAUACGGGUUAUGGAGGUGAUGAAAGCGAAGAGAAGCAGUAGUUGUGGGUUUAUGCAACACCAGGGUUCUGCGUUCUGCGUUUUGAUUUGAAAUGAGAAUUUACCAGCAGUGUGCCUUCAGAGCUAGAAAAAUGUAAAGCUUUCAGCAGGCUGGACGCUUCGAACAGCGGUACAGGAGC